GACCGUAGCAUUUCCCCUUUCUUUGAUCACUUGGCGACUUUCCGUCUUGCCUUCCAGAAGAAGCGAUGGUGGCUCGCACGACACCCACCCGGGUUGGGUUCGCACAGUGGGCCGGACUGCCUUUUCAGCCGGGGUGCUGGGUGAUCCUGGCCUGGGUCUCGUGCUUGAUGAAACCAUGUUUCAGGGGACUCUGAGUCAGUGUGCUAAAGGAGGCAAAGAAAAACUCACCUGGAGUUAAGAAAGAUUCUCCCCAAACCACUGGCACCGUCCAGGAACCGACUGAGGUUGAUUACAACAUCUGUCGGUUGUAGAGGAAUGAAGAGGGAACCGGGUCCUGCCCCACGGAGGUUACAGUAUAAAUAUGAUAGGAAAGCAAGCACAGGGAAGACCGCCAAUGGAAGGUACAGGAGAAGAAAUAGUUGCAUUUCAUUUCUCCUGGCUGUUUGCUGGUUGUUCAGUACAAACCAAGAUGACAAUGGGAAGCCAGAAGAUGGACCAAUAUCUGGACACACAGAAUCUCAUCCAUUACAAGACAUUCCUAAGGAGACCAGGAUUGUUAUCAGUGAAGACCAAGAACUCUUGCACCAAACCAUCCCUAGUGGGGAAGAGGAGGAGGAGGAGAGUGACAGUGACGAUGAUGACAUUCGAGUCACGAUUGGCAACAUCAAGACUGGAGCCCCAUCUUACAUGGGGACUCCAAUGAACCUGAAUCUAAAAACGGGUCGAGGCUAUGGGGCACCAGCAUCAGUCAAAUCGCAGCCUAAAGGUAUUGAUUUAGAGGCUUCGGGGAAUAUUAACGGCUUGCCGGUAAUCGAGGUGGAUUUAGAAUCGUUCGAAGACAAACCGUGGAGGAAACCAGGUGCUGACCUUUCCGACUAUUUCAACUACGGAUUCAAUGAAGAAACAUGGAAAGCAUAUUGUGAAAAACAGCGCCGGCUUCAACUCGGCUUGGAGCCUUCAGUCCCCAUCAGUACGGAAAAUAAGAUCACGGUUCAGCAAGGAAGAACAGGCAACGCAGAGAAAGAACCCGAGAAUAAUAUCAUCAAAAUGGACUUUAAAACCGAUUUCGUUGCCCUUGUUGGUGGAAGGAUAAAAGCUGGGCCUCCUCCAAACAGGAAGCUGGGUGGGACAAUCGAUGUGAUUGGUGGACAGGCUGGCACCAUCAGGAGGGUAGAAGGAAGGCGGCGCGACAAACACGCUUCUGAAGAAAAUCCCAUUCAGGUACUUGGAGAUCACGGGAGCAAAACUCAGCCCGCUCAGCCCCCUCAGCAGCAGCCAUUUGUGCCCCCGACAGGCCCACCUCCAGCAUUAAGUGGACCUCCACCCCACUUUCUCCAUCCUCCUCCUCCGCCAGUUGCUUCUGUCCCACCACCUCUCCAUCCUCCAGGUUUACCACCCCCAGGCCCUAUUCCAGGGCUGUUUCCUCCUCCUCUCGCUCCACCACCCGCCCUCUUGAUUCCAACACUUGAUGGCCAGCCUGCCAGCUACAGCAACCGGCAGCCACCUCCCUUUGGCUACAACUCCACAGAUUCAGGUUUCAUCACCUACCCACCCAUUUCUACGUCUCACACUCCCUGGGUGACCACAGUGGAUAAGGCCUCCAGUGCUUCCGACAGCAGCCACUGGGAAUAUUCUGGCUCAAGAAGGGAGAGGGAAAGAGACCGUGACCGGACACCUACCACAAGUGAAUAUAACAAUGACGAUGAGAGGUACCGUUAUUAUAGCCGGGAACGCAAUUACGAUUUUGAGCGCGACUAUCGCAGGAGUAGAGAUCGCAGUCGUGAGCGAGAAGAUCGUCACCGGGAGAGGAGGCACAGAGAAAAAGAAGAGGGCAGCAAACAUAAAUCAUCCCGGCGCAAGCAGCAUGAGAGUGAAGAAGGGGAAGGCCACCGGCGACACAAGCACAAGAAGAACAAGCGCAAUAAAGAGGAGAAGGAGGCAAGUGAGGAUGGGGUUCCAGAAGGAAAUGGACAGGAUACCAAGGAGUAGCUAAUCUGCGCUCUGCAAACAAGAGUGGUGCCUCUACAGCCAGCUUUUCCAUUUUUGGUGACUUUCUCUUUCCUGGGGGAACGGCUGAGAUGUCAGGAGCCCAAACAUGAACAUGGGUUGCCAACAUGAAAAGCCAAACUGCAGGAUUGUGUGAAGAGGACCGAAUCCAGCAAGUCUGGCACUGAGUUAUUCUACAUGCAGGCAAACUCCAUCGUGUCAGAUCCUAUGGCUUCUGAUGGGAGACCACUCCAGCAGAAACUAAUGCAUUUAGAGACUAGGACAAUACUUGGCAAUUUAUUGUUUCCUUUUUUAAGAAGUAGGACAGCAGCAGCAGCAACAAGGAACUGUUUUGUUAAAAGAAGAAAAAAGUGUUAGGUCGUCCUCAUAGCCAGGUAAUCUGGCUUCUAUAAACUAGUCCCAUUUCUCCUUUGCCCAUUACUUAUAGCUAUGAACAUUGAACUUCAUUCAACGAAAGCUUGGUGGGAAGUCACAGAUCAGCCAGCGGAAAGCUCAACAGAUAUGCCCCAUGGAAUAUCUGUUUUUCUCUGAGAAGUCUCUUUCUAUCUAGGCAGCUGGAGCCUUCCAGAUCAAAGAGUUUCAUUACAACGAAGUUGAGUGGGCUUCGUCAUGAAAUAAAUAGGGCCACCCUUAAGUCUGCCUUAAGUGGUUUGACACAAACUACUUACUGUGGCUUUCAAGAGUCUCUCUUUUUGUAACCAGACAAAGUUAAAAGUUGACAGUUUAUCUGUAAGUCACUGACUCACUUUUCACAACUCUUAAAACACUAAAUGUAGACAUACAAUUUGUUGUUUCCUUUGGAAAACACCAGAUCCCCAAAGGUCAUCACUCUUUUGUGUACAUCCAUCCUUACAUCAUCUUCCACCUGUGGGAAAUGUUUAAAAACACUUCCUAAAAAUCAUUUCAAAUUUAUACUUUUUUUUUUUGUAUUGUAGUUAUGCAAGUUUGAGUGUUUAUAUGAAACUAACAACCUUGGACACUUGAGCCAGUAUACCCAUUGUAUUUUGAUUUGUAUGCUAUGAUGGUGCAGUGAAUGGGUCAAUAACAGAAAACACGUAGGAAAUAAAACUUUUUUUUUUUUUUUGGAAAACGUGACUGGUGUCUGUGUGGUCACGAAGACUAGAACACAGUCAAAGCACAACUUAAUACUAAAUUUUACACUGCAGACUUAAUUUGUAGAAGCUUGCUUACUGUUUUCUUAUAUGGAAGUGGUGUGUUCUUAAGUGUGUCAGAUGACACAGACCAACAGCUUCUUCAGGAAUGACAAAAUAUGCCCCACAAGUUCACAUUCCACUUUCCAGACCAUUGUUUAUGCAUACAACUGCACUACAACUCCUAGGAUCCUUCGCUAUGGCCACGCCAGCUGGAGAAUUAUGGGAGUUAAAAUCCAUACAUCUUUAAGUUGCUGAGGUUGAGAAACCCUGGUCUAGACCCUGAGAUCAUGCUGUGUAGUCAUGGAAAUGAUACCGCAGAGUAGCUGAAACAGAUUAUAGGCUCUUGAAACGAGGUGGUUUUUUAACAAGGAUUUUGCUUAAAAAAAAAAACACAAAACCCUUCAGCAACUUGGUUGUCUCAAAAACUUUGUUGCGACUUUGCUGCCAUCGAAGAUGACUAAGUAUUGUGGCUGGUAAAGAUGCCAUUUAGUACAGAUAUGAAAUAUGAAAGUUGCUAUGGACCCAAUCUGUAUUUGUCAGUUCAAAAAUCUUGUAAGAUUAAAAGCCCCACAUCUGAUCACAUCUGAUCACACUGAAGGCCUAACUCUGCCUUCUCCCUCCAAACAAAAUAGCUACCUGAAAUAUUUUUUUAAGCAGGCAUUUAAGAGGACAAGCCAUGAUGCUUUAUAUUUGUGGAAUAAGUCAGAUGCUGGGAGAUGGACACUUCCAGGAAGGGACGCCUCUUCCAGGUGCCACAAUUGAUACAAGAAUAUGCACUGCAGGAGGUCAGUCUUCCUU